CCCCCAUCACGUGCGACGGUGGCGGCGCUGCUGGGCCACCCGGUGGCGGUUCUUUCGGAGAGGCCGGUGCCGCGGCUCACGAGGCUGCUGGUGAACGUGACGGUGGGGCGGAGCCUGUGGCCGGUGCACGUCGUGCUGGGCGUCGAUGCCACCGUGGCCGACCUCGCGCGCGCCACCGUCGCCGCCUACAUCACCGAGGGACGCAGGGCGCCACUCCCCGCCGACGCCAACGACGUCGACGCGGCCGCACGGUUCGAGCUGCAUCUCUCUUUUAUCUCCUCUCCCGUCCUCAUGUGCAGCUCCAUACCAGCCAUCCCCAGAUCUCCUCCACCACUUGUGAUGUGUGGAACCUCUGAAGAUGAUCAGAUAUUGGGGGAGUACUGGAAAGAAUCAGAGUAUUAUUUUGCACAGAUUCGCUGCAAAUACCUUUUUCUCGAGCUGGACUAUUGGAUUGUUUUUGCUCCCAAAACAGAUGUUGUUCCUUAUCUCAUGCCAUCUGUAAUGUCCGCACAAAAGAAGGCGAUUUCAUUCGAGGGGCAUUUUUUAUAUUCCAAGGUGGAGUAA